AAUGAAAUCUAGGAUCUCCGGGCCUGGUUUAUGGCCCGGUCCAUGAACUAAGAGCAACAGUUCAAAGAACUCUGGGCCUGACCAUAGCGUAGGUACAGAUUUGGGCCGUUUCCGGAUCCAACAAGCCAGUUGACAGGGGCGUCGACCCGAUUCAAUGAGCGGGACUUAGGGUUCAGGGUUUAAGCUUUCUCAGUCGCUGAACUCGGGGAGCGAGCAACCUGGUAAAAAAAUGGAAUUGCAAUCCGUUUGUGGCGGAAUUUCCUUUCCCAAGCUCCGGUUCCAUAUUCGCCACCACUCGACUCGUCGAAUUGGUUCUUCUUCCAUUCAAUUUGGGGCCAGAUAUGGGAGAUCUCAGGGAACCGUCUCGAACUCCGGUUCGAAGAAUGUAUUUAGAGGAAUUGAAUUGCGUAGCUUGAACAGAGGAAUUUUAUUACGUGCUUCUAGUUCUAGUCAUCAUGCGGAUGUUAAUUUGAAGCUCUCGGAGAAGGAAGGUUCUGGGCUGCCUGCUACUGGAAGCUUCAACGAUGGGUUUGAGCCGUUUCGCGGUAAAUCGGGUUCUGUAUCGUUCUGUGGAUUGACUCACCAAUCAGUAGAAGAAGGGAAACUGGUUUCAGCGCCAUUUAAGGAGGAGAAAGGCUCUUUCCUCUGGAUUUUAGGGCCAGUUGUGCUGAUAUCCUCUUUGAUCUUCCCCCAAUUCUUCCUUGGGUUGGCAGUCGAGGAACUCCUGAAGGAUGUGGUUCUUGUAGAGAUGGCGAGUUCACUGUCGUUUGAGGCAGUGUUCUACAUUGCUUUAGCAACCUUCCUACGCAUAACCGACCGAAUGCAGAAGCCUUACCUGGAGUUCAGCUCGAAAAGAUGGGGCCUUAUCACUGGCUUUAGAGGCUAUAUAACUUCAGCAUUCUUCACCAUGGGGUUCAAGGUCGUAGUACCACUUCUCAUGGUUUAUGUCACCUGGCCGGUGCUAGGUGUGCCUGUUGCUGUUUCUGUUAUCCCAUAUCUAGCUGGAUGCAUAGCCCAGCGUGUGUUCGAGGUCAGGUUGGAGAAGCGAGGUUCAUCUUGUUGGCCUUUAGUACCCAUCAUUUUUGAGGUAUACAGACUAUUCCAGUUGACCAAAGCUGCUCAAUUCAUCCAGAGGCUGCUGUUCUCAAUGCAAGGGCUCCCUGAAUCUGCUGAACUGAUCGAAAGAGUUAAGGCGUUGGUUUCAGUGGGGGUGGCCUUCCAGUUCCUUGGUGUGGUUUGUCUCUGGUCCUUGAUCACGUUUCUUAUGAGGCUGUUUCCUUCUAGGCCUGUUGCUGAGAACUAUUGAUUAUUUGUCUGCUAAACCCAUUUUCGGUCUCUCUACAACUAGCGAAUUUAGAUUAGUUUUUUUUAGCAGCUGCUGGUUUGUUCUUUCUGGAGGAACUUGGGUUGCAAGAAAUAGAUCAGUAGAGAGGGUUUCUGGAGAAUCAAAGUUCAAUGCUUUGUUUUUUUUAUUGCCAGCUCAAUUUAUUGGCAGUUUAGCUGAAAGGGUGGCAGAUGCUGAAAUGUAAUAUCGCUAGAAAUUUCUGGAGGGAAAAGUAGUGGUUUUGCAAUCAAAGAAACUGAGUAGCAAUUUCUUGACCUGCAAAUCUAACCGCUCAUUUGUAAGAGGGAAUGGAAGGAAAUUAGUUCCGAGCGAGAACAGCUGCUUUGAUUGAUUGAUUAGGGAAACGAAACAACCACGAAAGACUAAAGACUAAAGACAGACACCCACU